AUGGUCCCUGUACAGUCUUUCACAAGUGGGCUGCUGGGCACAGGUGGGGCUGCUGGUCACAGGUGGGGCUGCUGGUCACAGGUGGGGCUGCUGGUCACAGGUGGGGCUGCUGGUCACAGGUGGGGCUGCUGGUCACAGGUGGGGCUGCUGGUCACAGGUGGGGUUGCUGGUGCUGGUGCUGGCGGCUGGCGCUGGUGCUGGUUCCUGGUGCUGGCGGCUGGCGCUGGGGCUGGUUCCUGGUGCUGGCGGCUGGCGCUGGGGCUGGUUCCUGGUGCUGGCGGCUGGCGCUGGGGCUGGUUCCUUGUGCUGGCGGCUGGCGCUGGGGCUGGUUCCUGGUGCUGGCGGCUGGCGCUGGUGCUGGUUCCUGGUGCUGGCGGCUGGCGCUGGGGCUGGUUCCUGGUGCUGGCGGCUAGCGCUGGGGCUGGUUCCUGGUGCUGGCGGCUGGCGCUGGGGCUGGUUCCUGGUGCUGGCGGCUGGCGCUGGGGCUGGUGCCUGGUGCUGGCGGCUGGUGCUGCGACCGCCGGUGCGACAGGCGAGGUGCAGGGUGGCGCUGGCUGCAGUCGAUGGCGCAAACGCGAUCGCGGGCCGCUGGCGACUUCGCUGGCGACUUCGCUGGCGGGUCGCUGGCGGUCGCCAUAG